CCAAUAAGGGGGCGGUACGCUCGGGCUAAGGGAGCGUUCUGCGUAUUCGUGUGGCUGCCGAACGUUUGCUUGUGUGUAUGUGUGUGAGUUUGCGUGUGUGCGUGUCUGAAUGCGAACAAGUUCAUGUUAUAUAUUUUUUUAUUUUUCCGCAUCUUUGAAUUAAUCUCCGGAAUUAGAUCGCGGCAGCGGCGAGCGAAGCUAAGAAAAAGUCUUUCCACAACAACGCAGUCCUGCAUGGACUCCAAAAUAACAAGUUUGCUGCGUACACCCUUUUGAAAACAAGCCACAUUCACGCAGUUUUGCGAAUUUCGGUGUAUAAUUUCUUUGCGCCACUGGCUAACUUGGUGCUAGGAGCGUGAUUCCGUCAGGAGGGCGUCCCGUGUGCGUUGUUUGAAAUCUUUAAAGUCGCUCAUGUUAGCUACAAAAGCUAUAGUCGUCACAUUAGAAACACUACUAAAACGUAAUUGCAGAGGUUGAGCCAUUAGCAAAAGAAAAUGUUGAAGACGCUGACGAAGAAGCUGAGAAGACAUUCACUUAAUGAGAUCCAUCCUUUCCAAGUAAAGAUUUCGUACCAUGGCAGUGGAGAGGGAGGGGAGAGUGACGACUCAGAGGGGGAGAACCAGGAGCUCGCACAGAUUGACAGAGAGAGACGGAGAAACUGUGCUCUCACUCCCCUGGCCACCAGCCAGCAGCACAACCAAGGUCCCAUCUCUCCAGCCCGGUUAAAACGCCUCCGCCUCCUUCUUGAUGCCAAUCUGGAUCGCCACUCCUCAGAAGAAGAGCUGGAGCGAAUCAGCUGCAGCGACAGCAGGAAGUGGAUGUCGCGUCACGGCGAUCAUCACAGCAGCGCCUCCAGUGAUGAGGAGGUGAGGGACCUCUGUGGCUGCGGGUCACUGGCUGCCUCCACCAGGCCCCUGGUUGAACCCGGCAACUGCCUGGCUGCUUCCCCCAGCCCUGUGCACUUCAGCUCCAGCCCACCGCGCAACCUCAAGCAACCUCCCAUGCGCUUCCAACUGCAGGUGGUGCAGCCAGUGGCACGACCCAUUAUUUUGAGCCACUUUGACCAGUCAGCACCUUACAGGAAGUACCGGCACAGCUACAGCGGCGAGCCUGGGAGACCUAGUUUGGACCUGGAGAAAAUGCAACAGCCGGAUGCUCGGUGGUCUAGCUGGAGCGGGAUGAAGGAGAGGGAGGCACGGAUGGCAGAUGUCUGCCCUCGUUUUGUCACAAAGGCUGAAAAUGCUGCUGAAGAAGAACUGUGGGGGAAAAACGCGGACCAUAAAGAUUCGGGGCCAUAAUAGGCAGUCCAGACCAAGGUGUCCAUUACAGCAGUGAUAAGGUUGCAAGGUUGGCGUGCCCAGUGAACAGCCCAGCCUGUCGUUGCCAGCACCUUGAUGUCCAUCCAACUGCCUACUGGGACAGCAUCUGGCAGUGGCGUUUGUUCCCAUGCCCUCCACUAGCAAUAGAGCCGAGCCUGAGACAUCUGAAAGUGUAAUAGCGUUGUCAGAUUUAUGCGGCAAAUGGCAAUGUAAACAUAGAUUAUUGCUGGGAAUGUGCUCGUUUGUUUUCCAGGCUUGUUUGAUCUUUUAAUCUCAGCCUAACGAUUCAUCCUGCAUUAUUUCAUUUGUCCCAUUAGGGCUUGUGUGCUCCCCUCAGUAGCUUUGCAGACACAAAGGUAUUUUCCCGACAACGUGUCCCAUGUGAUCUACCUAUAAAGUGUUUUUUCAGGACCAAUCAUCGUCCACCAACAUACGGCUGCAGCUGUGUAUAGUUGGACGUUUGUAUGUGGUGGGUACAGUAUGUGAGAGCAGGCUUGUUUUCCAGGCUUGUUUGAUCUUUUAAUCUCAGCCUAACGAUUCAUCCUGCAUUAUUUCAUUUGUCCCAUUAGGGCUUGUGUGCUCCCCUCAGUAGCUUUGCAGACACAAAGGUAUUUUCCCGACAACGUGUCCCAUGUGAUCUACCUAUAAAGUGUUUUUUCAGGACCAAUCAUCGUCCACCAACAUACGGCUGCAGCUGUGUAUAGUUGGACGUUUGUAUGUGGUGGGUACAGUAUGUGAGAGCACACUAACAGAACAGACUGGAACCAGCCGGGGCAUCUUGGCUCGGAGUAGCAUACUCCAGAAGGAUGCGCAGUGCGGUGAGAAAAGUGACGUUAUUAUCACAUUGUGUGGGCUCGCGUCAAUGGAGCCUCGGCGCAAACUUGUUUAUGUCCACGCGUACAGUCCUCCAUAUCAUGCAGGUUCAUUACAUACUGUAUAGCCCUAGGGUGUAUGUCAAAAAAGCCUGAGCUUUGAGAGCCAGGCUAGAGCUGAGGCGGAAGAAGAGGAGGUGGAGUGUUGUGCGGAUCCCUUGUGGUGUAUUUCCAGGGAUGAAGUCAUUUUCCAUUUAUAGCCUGGCCGGCUGGUAUCUGUUUAGCUCCACUGAUACACAGAGAUAUUGCUCAUUAUCCUGUGUUCUCGCUGGUGUAGUCAGUGGGGCUGUUGUCCCCGUCAGUGACGUCUGUGGGCAUUGGGUGCGUUCCAGCUCAUAGAUUUUUCUUGAAGUGAGUACACAGUGAUUGUUUGGAUUGAUGAGUAAUUUGGAGGCUUGUGUUGACUGUGUAGCCUCUGUAGCCACUUCUCUUUCUCUGUUACAUAUGGGCUCUGUUGCUUCCUUGCUCCUUCUGUCUCUUUACCUUUUCAUCCGUCAGCCCUCAGUUUCCUGGACAGCAUCCAGAAGAGACGCUGGAUCUGGACAGGUCCCUAGUUUUAAGACAGAAUUGUAGCCGCGAGAUGAGAGGGUCCUGUGUGUGUUGUUCUGGAGAGGCCUCUUCUCAAAGGGCUGGAGGUUCAGAGUGGCACAAAGUUCCCACGAUGUAGCAGGCAAGAAGGGACUGGGUUUGGUUUCAGCCACUGUAAUAAACGGAGGGUGAUGACUGAGGCAUUGGUAAUGGGGCAUGAAUGAAUGUGCUGCAUACCUCUUGAUUUUACAUGGAUGGAAACUAUUUGACUUGAAUGCUACUGAAAGAUAUUUGCCUCAAGUAUAACAAUAAAUAGAACUUUUUGAAGGA